GCUACAGGUGCCCGAAAACUGUAGAAGCAUAGGAAGUGACGGCAGUAGAUAACUAUCAACACCCACAGCCGAAGGGAGACACUUCUAGUACCGAUUAUACUGAUGUAUAACACGGUUCAAAAUAAUGUUAUAAAACAAACAAGAAUAAAGUGCUAAGACAUUGUUUUUGUUGUUAAACGUAACUCAGAUUCUUGGCUUCAAAGAGGGUUGCGACCUAAAGUGUUUAGUGCCCCCUUACCAUAGAUAGCCCAGAGUAACCAGACUCAGUAAUGCAAACCCUGUAGCUGCAUAAUAAUAUGUAGUAGUAGAUUAAAGUUGGUUAGAACAAUCACACACAAACAGAAAGUUUUAUAUACUUUACAACAUCAGUUGCAACAGAUUAUACACAGUGCAGAGAACUAGUCUACAGUCUACACCCGCCUCAGACCCUCUCAGAAAAACUCUUAACAGUAGAGCGCCCUGUCUGUCCUGACGUCAUUACAUAGUGAGCCAAUCAGUUUCUGAAUUUUAAGAUCUCGUGAGAAUAACUGAAAGAUCUGAUGUUGGCUGGAUGCGUUGCCAAGCAACUGAAAGUCCGUCACAAUCAGAGCUGGGGCGAAAAUAACGAGGAUUGCAUUCUUUAUUCCUGGGACUUCCCAAGCCACUCCUUCACCUUUCUGUGACUGGUUGUUGCUGUUCCUUCUAACUGGUGACAUAAUCCGCAGCUGCGGUCACUCUCCUCCAUUGCCUGUCAGCUUCUCACGCUACAAACAGAGGCUCGCUUCUCAGCUGCUCUUACCUUCCUCCCCAGAGACACGCUACUAAUUCCUAUCAACUGAAACGAUUGAAAACAGAUAUGGCAAACAACCAGCGCCCUCCUUCAGCACGUCCUAGUUCAAGGGCAGGUGUUGGCUCUCUAGUGAACAGGCCCCCGAGUGGAAUAAGACCUCCCCCAACAACUAACAGAUUAUCUACUGGGAUGCCACCUGCUACGGCCAGACCUGGGACUCGUGGUGGUGCAGUGGGCUCAGGGGUUCUUUCUGCCCAGAUUAAAGUUGCAGACAGACCUGUCACCCAGCAAGGUCUGAGCGGAAUGAAAACUGGAAUGAAAGGUCCCCAGAGGCAGAUUAUGGACAAAUCAUAUUUUCUUGGACUUCUGCGGAGCAAAAUCAGUGAGCUUACUACAGAAAUGACCAAGUUAGAAAAAGAAAUUGACAAUCAUAACCAGGAGAACUCAGUUUAUCUAUCCUACGAGAAAAGGGCUGAAGCACUUGCCUUUGAAAUCAAAGAACAACAAGGGCAGCUUGCAGACUAUAACAUGCUUGUGGAUAAGCUGAAUACAAAUACUGACAUGGAGGAAGUUGUGCAAGAUUACAACAUGCUAAAAAUUCAGAAUGAUCGAGAAGCUCAGAGCAUAGAUGUUAUUUUCACUGAAAGACAAGCUAAAGAAGAUCAUGUUAAAAAUGUAGAAAAUGAAAUUGAAAAUGAAAAACAAGCUGCUGAUGGGAUCAUUAGAAAUAUGUCGCAGGAUAAGCAAGCCAUUUACAUGGAUAUGAAAGCUAGAAAUGAACAGCUCUUGAAGGAACUUGACAUUCAUCAGCAAGACCUUGACACGCUUAAUAUCAAGAAGGACGCACUGGAAGCAGAAAUUGCACAUUCCCAGGUUAAGCAGGAAGCAGUCUACCUGUAUGAGAAGCUCCAUGAACUGGAAUCACGUAGAGAUCAGAUAAUCAUAGAAGACAAAAUGACAGGAUCUCCACAAGAAGAAAGAGAGAGAUUACUCAAACAGGUAAAAGAAGACAACCAAGAAAUAGCAAGCAUGGAAAGACAGUUAAAUGAAAUCAAAGAGAAGUCUAAGCAACUCAGUGAAGAAAUUGGAAGGCUGGAUAUGGAUUUGGAAGAGCACCAAGGUGAAAAGAAGCAAAAGUAUAUGGAACUAAAGAAAAGAGAAGAGAGCAUGGAUAGAUUCCUUGAAAAUUUUGAAGAAAAUAAAAAUCAAGAGCUUGAAAGGAAGUCGAACAUAGAAUCAAAUAUUAUUGCUUUAUUAGAACAUUCAAGUAGGAAUAUGAAUCGAUUAAAGCAAAUCUCCUCUAUUACUGCCCAAGAACUGAAGAUAAUGCAAGAAGACCUUAACUUCAAAGAGACAGAGAUGCACAAAUCACAGAGCACUGCUAAGAAUUUGUCAUCUGAAAGUCAGCGACUCCAACAAGACCUUCAGAAAGUAGAACAACUGGAAUCAAAGAUAAACAAUGAACGUACCUUUUUGAAAGAAAAAAUUGAGCAAAUGACAGCUGAAUUAGAAACAUAUGGCAACCUUCAAGCUUUAAGAGCGUCUGCAGAGGAGAAGAAAAAAAAACUCCAAGAGGAUAAUAUAAUCUUAACCAUACGCAGAGAUACUUUUAAGAAAACAUUGGAGAAGCUGAAUUCUGAAUUUGAAAAACUGAAGAUACAGUUGCAGGAAAAUGAAGCCCACACUCAGCUCACAAAUUUGGAAAGAAAAUGGAAACAGCAAGAGCAAAAUAACUAUUUGAUGAAAGACUUCAUUGCUACAAAGAGCCAGGAGAGUGACUACAAGCAAGUGAUGAAAAAUGCAACUAAACAAAUAGCUGAAUAUAAUAAAAAUCUUACAGAUGCGCUACAGAACUCAAGGAACUAACCUAAACUAUUGGUUCCUACAAAUAAGUUUAACAGUUUAACAUAUGAAACUGACUGCUUGUCUGUUAUCUUCUAUUUGUAACACUAAACUAAAUGUUUGCUAUUUAAAAGCUAUAAAUAUCCGUAUUCACAAAUGUUAGAUUUUUCUAAUUUUCUUUUUUUAAGGAAAUACAAUCUUUUCACAUGGCAAUUAAUAUUUUUUUAAAUAAAUAUUGUACACCAUGUACCAGGUAAUAAAAUAAUUUCAUAUGUA